AUGGGAUUCCACAAAACCUCCAUGGAUAUCCAUAUUAAGAAUGGACACGUCCUCUGCGCAUAUUGCCAGCGGCGCUCCGGCGAGGCGACAUAUUCGGAACUCGAUCUGAACAAUGUCCUUGGGGCAAAGAAAGGUAAAUUCGCAUGGAGCGCCGAGAACUUUACCGACGAUGCUUCGGAUAUCAACCUUCAGUGGGAAGGCCCAGAUCGCGAACCAUUUUUACACGCCCAGUUGAAAAACUACGAGAAUGGCAGCAAGAAUGAGGACUGUGUCAACCUUGCGGCGUGCAUCAAGAAUGAGGAUGGGCAUCUGCGGUACAUGGAUUGUUUCUAG